CCCUGAAAGCGCAGAAGAAAAGCCACUUCAGCAUCAGUGUGCCUGUCCUGACACUCUAAUACUCUGCCUGUACUCUGAAUGCUGACACUGAAUCCUUUCUGGCUGGGAAUCAGCAAGGGAUGAACACAGCUAAGACUUGCCCUGGAGACCUCUGUCUGCUCCCAUCUUUUGUCUGAUCACAUGCAUUCUGAACUGAUUGCUAAAGGAUAAACAGAGAGAUGGCAAAUUGCAGCUUUCAUUAGGAGAGAGUUGUGUACCAAAAACAGGGCAGAGCAUGGUUUGGAUGAUCUUCAGAGUCACUCACAGCUUGCCAAGAAAGGUAAAUGGAAGAUUCAGAAACUCACUUAUUACAGACACGCAAAGGACAUCGAAUAGAACAGAUGGUAGUCAGAUGGCUACGACGGUCAAGAGAUAAUUCAUCACGUGGCAGAGUCUCAACCGGGGAAAGUCCACCUGGAGGGCCCAAUCAGUUUGGCUGUUCUUUAACACUCACAUUGGUCAUAGAGAAAGACUUAUUCCUUCACAACUACGGAUUUGAUAUAUCUCGAAAGCCUCCUCUUACUGUAAUAGCUGUAACUGCAGGCAGUCCAGCUGAAGGGAAGCUUUUACCAGGUGAUCAGAUACUCAGGAUAAACAACGAAGAUGUGGAAAAUAUUUCAGUUGAAAAAGCAGCAAACAUGGUCAGGGAAUCCGGGGACUCAAUUAAAAUGACAGUACUACGAAAUACUUCGAGCCCCAAAUCGUCCUUUCUUACAGCAGAAAAAAGAGCCAGAUUAAGAAGUAAUCCAGUAAAAGUGAGGUUUGCUGAGGAAGUGAUUGUAAAUGGCCACACUCAGGGGAAUUCACUUCUUUUUAUGCCCAAUGUUCUUAAGGUUUAUUUGGAAAAUGGCCAAACAAAGGCUUUUAAAUUUGAAAAGAAAACAACUGUGAAGGAUAUCAUCAUGACCCUUAAGGAGAAGUUAUCAAUCAAUAUCAUUGAGCACUUUGCACUAGCUCUGGAAGAACAGUACAAUAUCUCAAAGCUCUUUCUUCUUCAUGAGGACGAACUUAUUGAACAGGUGGUGCAGAAAAGAGAGUCACAUGAUUAUAGGUGCCUCCUCAGGGUCUGCUUUGUACCCAGGGAUCCAUUAAGUCUUCUGCAAGAGGAUCCAGUUGCCUUUGAGUAUCUAUAUUUACAGAGCUGCAGUGAUGUACUGCAGGAAAGGUUUGCAGUGGAGAUGAAAUGCAGUGUGGCUUUGAGACUGGCUGCAUUACAUAUACAGGAGCGGAUUCAUUCGUGUGGACAAUCACAGAAGAUAUCCUUCAAGUACAUAGAAAAGGACUGGGGUAUAGACAACUUCUUAUCGCCAACUUUGCUGCGCAACAUGAGAGGGAAGGACAUCAAAAAGGCUAUUAGCUUUCACAUUAAAAGAAACCAAUACAUACUUGAGCCAAGACAAAAGCAACCUAUAUCAGCAACACAGUUGCGAAUACAGUAUCUAAAGCUACUCGGAGAUCUGAAAACGUAUGGAGGAAAAAUAUUUAAUGCCACAUUAAUGCUUCAGGAUAGAGAAUCCCAUGUCACACUUCUCGUUGGAGCAAAAUAUGGCAUCAGUCAGAUUAUCAACAACAAACUCAACAUCAUGACCACCUUGGCAGAGUUUGCCAGCAUCAGCAAGAUAGAACUGAAUCCCGAGUCUGAGAAAGUGAGCCUGGUGAAGGUCUACCUGCAGGACAUUAAGCCAAUAUCUUUGUUGUUGGAGUCAAACAAUGCAAAGGAUAUAGCAUGUCUAAUUUCUGGAUAUUGCAAGUUGUUUGUGGAUCCUGGAGCAAAUAUAUUUACAUGGCCAAGAAAUAGCCAAGUCCAUCGAGUAUCUACUGAAGAAGGAUAUGAAUCUAGAGCCUGCAGUGACUCAGAAGAAUCAUCAGAUGUUGAUUCUUCUCUGGAACUUUUAUCAGAACGGCACUUUCUGAAGUACAAAGACAUAAAACCAUUGCAAGAGGAGGAGGAAGAAGAUACAGAGGAAGAAGGCAUCCAGGAAUUAAAGCAAGAUAACGAGAAGAAAGAUUGUGACGAUAGUGAAAGAAAAGGCUGUGAUGGAGGAAAUAAUGAUACAGACAGUAUUUCUGAUGCCUCAGAUUCUGCCAAUACUGAGAGCCAAGGUUACAAAAUAAGCUGGUCAAGUGAUUCCAUUGAUGCCUUGGAAGAAGAUGACCUGGAGACAUGUUCAUCAAGUAGACCAGAGUUCUUCCAGUUUUAUUCUCCUGUCUUAAAAAAUAUGGGUAUGGAUGAGCAAGUUGUUUUUAGUGAGAAUCAAGAAUUAAAAGAUAAAAGAGAUGGAGGGCUAGAAUCGGAUCCAUUGCUGUGCUUUUUGCAACUACCCAAUGGUAGAGUAGAUGCCGAUUUGGACACUAAGGAGAUGACAACAUCCCACAGAGAUAUGGAGGGCAAGGAAGAAAAUGAGUCCCUCUGCUUUUCGGUUGGAUGUCAGUUUGUAGAAAGCAAUAUCAUGGAAUACUACAGUCUAUGCACCAAUGUUUCACCAGCCAGCAGUAUUGACAAGAAUGUUCCAAGUAGUCCAGAGAGCAACUGUGUUAAAGAGCUGUUAGCUGGAGCAAGGGGAAUGGAGCGGGCAUCUAAUUUGGGCCUCAGUGAGAAAGUGGAAACACUCAUUCUUGAUCCUCCACCUGGCUUUGGGGACAGUAGUUCUGAAGAUGAAUUUUUUGAUGCUGCUGAUCGAUUUACUCCAACUCAAACUUCUCCAGGUCCAAAAUCAAGUUCCAACAGAGGAGAGAAUAUAUUUUAUUAUCCAGAUAUUGCAGAAUCCUAUGACUCAAAUAGAUCAAUGGAAAAAAACAUAAAACCCAAGAAUUCCAGGAGGCCAACAAAACUCUCAAGGAAAAGAAGAUCCUUCUUACAGACAGACUACACAGCUCAGGUCACCUAUCCACUGUCACCUUCCAGCUCUUCAGAGGCUAUGGACCAUGUAUGUUGCUAUGAGAAAGAAUCUCACAUGUCUUCUGGUUCACACUCUCAAACUGUAUCUUCUCUGAAGGAUAUUGAGGGGGAACCCGCUCUAUUAGAGAUGAAACCUCUUAUCAAGCAUAAAUCUAUACUGAAAACAAAAAGGAAAACACAUUCCCCGACUCUUAUGGAAAUGGAACCUGACACCAUGGAGAUAAAGUCUGUGACCGAUACUGUAGCAUCUUCUAUUUCUGCUAUUCGUUUCAGGAGUGACUCUGGAGCGGAGGAAAAAGAACAGAUUGGUGUAGUUUUUCAAGAUGGUCCAAACAAUGGAGAACAUACUCCACAUUGGAGCACUGUAGAACACAGUGGUAGAGCCAGUCCUUCUCAAAUAUCAUUACAAAUGGAGAAUAUUAGUGAACACUCUGAUUUAUGCCCAGAGUUGAUUUGUGAUAUCAAUUCAAUCAGUUUAUUGAAAGAGGCAAACAUUUUGGAUGACAUUGAACCAGAGAUUAAAGCUGCAUUUACGAAUAUAUUUGAAAACGUAUCUCUUAGCACAGACACCAGUACAUAUUUGGGGUCAAAUUGUUCUUCAGAUCUUAAAGGCAGAAAGUCAUUAUAUGUUGCUGAAGAGCCAAUCCCUUUCAUGAAGCCUACAAUAAAAAAUGAUUCACCUCAAUGUGAUGGAAAUAUUGAAAGACUUACUUCACCUAAAAAUGAUAAUCCUAAUCAGAGUCCUUCCAACAAUUCUAAAUCAAAGAAAUUAUUUGAUUUCUCACAUGCCACAGAUUUACUUUUUGAUUUUAAAGGUAUCACAGAUAUGUUAACAUCUCUCCCAAUUAACUCAUUUAAAGUUGGAUCUACUAGUCCUGUAUCAAAUGGCCAGAAUAUGCCUCCUUGUGAGGAGAAAGAACAUCUUUUGAAGUAUACAUCAGAGUCAGACGUUGAGGAUUUAGAUGUUGUUGAUGUGAAAAGGAAUAGAUUUCUGUCAUCGUCUCCAAAUUCAUCCAAAGCUGCACAAGUCACUUUUGAACUUUCUUCUGACGAAAAUGGUGAUGAAAAAGAGCAUGGUGACCUUUUAUUAAGCUCAAACACCCACACAAUAAAACAUAACAUAUACGAGUCUUCUCACAAAGACUACAGUAACAACCUUGAUGAGCACAGUUUGAAAAAUGGAAGUUGUAGUUUACACAAUCUAGAACCAAAAAGUCCUGAGAUACCUAAAGUGGGAAACCUUGGAAAUUGCAGCUGUCAGUUGUCAUACACAAGUUGUUUUCGUGGUGUAAAUGUUGAUGUAGAUGAUGAGAUUGUAGACUCUGAGGCAACCAUUUCAUCACUACCGCGGACAUUACCUCCUGUAUCAGGUAACACAUUGUUUACAGAAAAGAAUCACUUUGCCAUUACAAAUGGCACUAGUAGCAGUAUGGUUGGUGAAACUCUUCAUCUCUUAAGAGUUAGAAUAGGUAACUCUCCCAGUGGCUACAGCAUGCUACAAGAUAGUGUGUUGGACUUGCAGACAAUCAUACAGGAUUUUAAGAAAGAAUCCAGAGUACAUCCUCCCGACAAAUGUGCUAAAGUUUUUUCAGAACAGAAGACCUGUCUUUGUAAUGUGUCUCGUAAGAUGAUGACCACCUCCCAGAAAAUACUCAGAUCAGAUCAGUCAUCUGACGAAAUGUACCAAGUAGCUGAAGAAACGUUCUUUGAUCUCAUGGAGAUGACAGAAGUGUGCCUCCAGUUUUCCAGUUGUGCACAGUGUUUUAAGCGUCACUUAGAUGUCCACACUAAUCUCCGGGAUCUUAUAUGCACAUAUAAUCAAUUCAUUCAGGCUAUCAAGAAGGCUUCUGACAAUGAGAACAGAGACUUAUAUUUUAAGCUUCUGUCCCGUCAGUGCACUGCUCUUACUGCUGCUGCUUUUUGCCUGACUCAACACUACAGGACAGUAUUAUCUCUCUGAAAUGGAUAUAAAUAGAGUAUCUUUAAUGUUUUUGCAUA